CUGGGUUAACAACGUGAGUCGAGCACCAACGGGGCGGGGACACGGACGGAAACACGAACUAUAGAACACUGAGUUCUGAGCGCUCGUGCACAUCCUGAGAGUUCCAUACCAUUGUGAGACGCUCGAGAGCUUUAUGGAACGCUGAAGGAUCCGAACGCUUACAACUGACACGAAUGCUGGAAUUAUUAUUGUCCACCUGAAUUAUAAGAUAUCAAGAGUCUGAAGACAUGGAAUCAACAAAGCAAGGAGGCGUGAUAGCCUACAUCUGUUCCUCAAGCUCCGCCCCCAGCCCUGACUCCUGCAUGAGUGACAGCUCUAACAGCCGCUCCCCAUCAUCCUCGCCGCCUCUGCCCUCUAAACCGAGCCGUCUGACAGACCUGCCCACCGCUGGACUGCUCUUGAAACACACUCACCCACGCGGACACGCUUCUGACAAGACCCUCUCUUCCAAGAGCUCCAUCACCAAGCUCAACGGGAUGGUGCUGCUGUGUAAAGUGUGUGGAGACAUCGCCUCGGGCUUCCACUACGGUGUUCAUGCCUGUGAAGGCUGCAAGGGCUUCUUCAGAAGAAGCAUCCAGCAGAAUAUUCAGUAUAAGAAAUGCCUGAAGACAGAAAGCUGCACUAUAGUGAGGAUAAACCGCAAUCGCUGCCAGCAGUGUCGCUUCAGGAAGUGUUUAUCUGUCGGGAUGUCCCGAGACGCUGUGCGUUUCGGACGCAUCCCGAAGCGGGAGAAGCAGCGGAUGCUCUUGGAGAUGCAGACAGCCAUGAAUAACAUAAUGAACAACAGUCAGCUGCAGCACAUGCUUCACGGUGCACAGACCGUCCCGUGUGCUAUCGAGAGCAGCCAGAGCGAGUCCAGCUCCUCCUUGCCCUCGCCGCCGGAUUCGCCACGCUCCUCCUCGGAUCUCUCCCGGGACUCAGAGUCAGUCACUCCCAUGGACACGGCGUCGUCCUGUUCGUCCGACUGCGGGGAGGAAGACGCGCCGAGCACUGGACCCGCUCCCCGUGAGGACCUGUUCUCAUACAGCUCGCCCCACGGAGGGUCCUUAUCUCCGGCCAGCUCCGAAACGCUCAGCAGCAGCAGCAAGGAGGACGAGGAGCCGCGGGGGGAAUGCUGGAACGAGAGUGGGACCGUGCAAACCACCGCUGGACCUUACAGUGAACAUGUGACUGGGUACCACGAGACCCAGCAGUGUAGUCGAAGCCCAGAAAACAUGCCUUACCACAGAAACAACAUGAACCAAGGCCAGACUGGAGCAAACAGAGGACAUCUGGUGUGUCCCAUGAGUGUUUCCCCCUUCGUGGACCCCUCCAAGCCUGGUCAUGAAAUCUGGGAGGACUUUUCCAGGAGCUUCAUCCCUGCUGUACGAGAAGUGGUGGAAUUUGCCAAGCGGAUCCCGGGCUUCCAGGACCUUUCCCAACACGACCAGGUCAACCUCCUCAAGGCAGGAACCUUCGAGGUGUUGAUGGUGCGCUUCGUGUCGUUGUUCGAUGUGAAAGAGCGGACGGUGACCUUCCUGAGCGGGAGGAAGUUCAGUGUGGACCUGCUGUGCUCCAUGGGCGCCGGAGAGCUGCUCAACUGCAUGUUUGAGUUCAGCGAGAAGCUCAGCGCCCUGCAGCUCAAUGAGGAAGAAAUGAGUCUCUUCUCCGCCGUGGUGCUGGUGUCUGCAGACCGAUCGGCCAUCGAGGAUGUAAACGGUGUGGAGGCCCUGCAGGAGACCCUGAUCAGAGCUCUGAGGAACCUGAUCAUGAAAAACCGCUCGAACGAAGCUGCCGUCUUCACCAAGCUGCUCCUGAAGCUUCCUGAGCUGCGCUCGCUCAAUAACAUGCACUCCGAGGAGCUGCUCGCCUUCAAAAUCCAACCUUAAACCAACCUGGGCUGUUCAUUUCACUCUUGAAUGUAUCUAACAGGCUUUUUUUUACUAUUUUGUGAGAAAAGACUCAUUCGGAAUCAUUCAGGUUUUAAAGCUAUGUUAGGUAUCAUGGUGAUUUGCCCAUUACGCACAAGCAAAGGUUGUGUUUGUAAAACACUUCCUCAUCAUUUCAUUAUGUGCAAUAGCUGCUAACGCAUGGCUAUUCGUAUAAGAGCAGCUUUAUGUCAUAUCUUGUCCCAAAAGAUUAUGUGUUGUAUAUAUAAAUAUAUAUGAUGUUUUUUUUUUCCUUGAAUGUAUGUCUGUCGCUAGCAGCAUGUUUGCAUCAUUUGAACCUGUAUAACAGGAGCGAUGCUUUUGCACGAGGUGUCCCCGACACCAUAAUAACAGUGCACAGAUGGAAAAUAUCCAUCUGUCCAGCUGCCAUUUAUGACCGGAGUCACUUUAAACUGUGUUUUUCAUACAGAGAGGUGUUUUAAGUCUUCCAUUACACAGCGGGAAAUGUGUAUACGGAACAAAACUAUGAAAGAGAUGGAGUUUUAUUUAUGGACAUUUGUACAGAUUGCCUUACAGAUGACACUUUUUCGCCACAAUUCUAGACACGGGGAUCAUUUUGUUAUUGGAAACGAUGUUACAAUCCCAAGUAUAUGUGGUUUACUCUAUGCAUUUGAAAAACAGCUUGAUGAUAUGGACAUUUCUCAGCCUGUAAAUGACAGGAAAUGAAGUACGACUCUUUUGAUGCAGCUCUGGUGUGUCUAUGUUUUUGUUUCUUUAUAAAAACAGUGCAGUAUGUAUAGUUGUGUAUAUACCAUUGUAAGGAAAAUCUAAUAAAUAUUUACUUGUCAUUUAC